UUCAAAAAAAAAUCUGUUGUGGAGUUUACGCCAUAUUUCGUUGCUGCCCCAUGGUUUAUACUGCACGGUUUAAAUGAUCAACGUCUUCAAACGAGGUUGUAUUUGAAUUUAAACUGCAGUUUGGGGACCGCGGAAAGGAAGUUCUGUUUUUGUGUGGUCAUACCUACCUGCUCGUGCUUGCCUUGCUCGCAUUACAAUGGUUGCGUCCUGUAUUGACGUUUGCCUGGGUCCAUCAUCGCUGUGGUGCUGAAAAGAAACGAACCUGUGCGGCCGAAACGAACCUGUGCGGCCGUAGCGAGUGUAUGCUGCUGCGAAGGAUGAGGAGGUUUCUGUGGAUCUGCAGCGGUUGAAUUGCACCACCUCGCCCACUUAUUGCUGUGUUCUUGAUUUUAUCCCUCAAAACCUGGACUCUACCGGCGCAGUUUAUGAAGACCCAGUGUGGACAGUAAUGACCUCACCCUUCCAGUUGCCAGCUGGCAGUAACUACAAUGACCGAGCAUCAGAGCUGGCACAAGACAGGCAGCACACAGAGGUGGUCUGUAAUGUUCUUCUGCUGGAUAACACAGUUCAAGCCUUCAAAGUUAACAAGCACGAUCAAGGACAGGUCCUGCUGGAUGUAGUGUUCAAGCACCUGGAGCUGACGGAGAGCGACUACUUCGGCCUACAGCUGGCCAACGACUCCUCAGACAGUCAGAGGUGGCUGGAUCCAACCAAACCCAUAAGAAAGCAGUUAAAAAGGGGGUCUCCACACAGUUUAAAUUUUAGGGUUAAAUUCUUUGUAACCGACCCCAAUAAACUUCAGGAGGAGUAUACAAGGUACCAGUACUUUUUGCAGAUUAAACAGGACAUACUUAGUGGAAGGCUGCCGUGUCCAUACAUCACAGCCGCUCUUCUUGCUUCAUACGCUGUUCAGUCUGAGCUAGGGGACUACAGUCAGAACGAGAACUUGCCCGGCUACCUCUCCGAAUACUCUUUCAUCCCCAACGCACCACAAGACUUUGAGAAAGAGAUUGCCAAACAGCAUCAGGAACACAAGGGACUGCCUCCUGCCCAGUCAGAGUUCAAUUAUCUAAACACAGCACGGACGCUAGAGCUCUAUGGAGUCGAAUUGCACUAUGCAAGGGAUCAAAGCAACACAGAGAUUUUAAUCGGAGUGAUGUCAACUGGGAUUGUCACCUAUAAGAACAGGGUACGAAUCAACUGCUUUCCAUGGCUACAGAUUGUAAAGAUCUCGUUUAAAUGUAGACAGUUUUUCAUUCAACUCCGAAGAGAAUUGAAUGAGAGCCGUGAGGCGCUGUUAGCCUUUAACAUGGUGAACUACCGAGCCUGUAAGAACCUAUGGAAGGCCUGUGUAGAGCACCACACCUUCUUCAGACUAGACCGACCCUUACCACCACAGAAGAACUUCUUUGCACAUGUCUUCCAACUGGGCUCCAAGUACCGCUACUGUGGUAGGACAGAGGUGCAGUCUGUCCAGUACGGCAAGGAGAAGGGCAUCAAGGACAGGGUGUUCGCCAGGUCUCCCAGUAAGCCCUUGGUGAGGAGGCCGAUGGGUGGAGGGAUGGACUGGGAGUCAGUCAGCCGGAACUCCAGAGCCUCUCUGUCUGACGACCGCCUGGAGACCCAGAGCCUGCCCACACGCUCCCCACCAGGCACCCCCAACCACAGGAACUCCAAGUUUGCACAAGAGCGCCUGCGGCCGUCCUCCGUGGGACACCUGCUGGAUCAUGUGAUCUACUACGACCAUGCCUCGCCCUGCCCGACCUUCACCAAUCACAAGUCGGCCUCCUCAACCCAGGCCAACUCCAUCAGCCUGGAUUCUACCCCGUCACCAGACUCGGCCGUCGACGGCCUGCCGCCCGCUCUUCCCCCUAAGCAGACCAGGAGGCCUCUGUCCAGCCAGUCCCAGUCCCACUCUCAGCAGGAGUUGGACAACCACAUCAAUGAGCUGUACGACACUCCUCUGUCAGAAGACAAGACUAUGCCCAAUGGAGUGCUUCCUCAUGACAAUCUGGUGUUCAUUAAAAUGUGUCCCGACGAACAAGGACGAUUUGGAUUCAAUGUGAAGGGUGGGCUGGACCAGAAGAUGCCUGUGAUCGUGUCCCGAGUGGCCCCGGGAACAGCGGCUGACCUGUGUGUUCCCCGGCUGAACGAGGGUGACCAGGUGGUGCUGAUCAACGGUCAGGACAUCUCAGAGCACACCCACGACCAGGUGGUCAUGUUCAUCAAGGCCAGCUGUGAGGAGAGCGACUCAGGAGAGCUGAACCUGCUGGUGAGACCCAACGCCAUGUAUGACCUGGUGGAGGAGGAGAAGCUGGAGGAUGGAGAUACGGAGUCUAACUACCAGUACUCCCCAGAGAGGGCUCCCCAGGACCAGCCUCAGGACCAGCCAGACCACCACCCAUCCUGCUGGAGAGACUCCAUACUACAGCUGAAAGAAGGCUUGAGCACUGGGGCCGUACAGCAACAGUUUGAUCAACUCUACCGGAAAAGGCCUGGAUUGACAAUGUCAUGUGCCAAAUUACCUCAGAACAUUUCCAAAAAUCGAUAUCGAGACAUUUCACCAUAUGAUGCAACCAGGGUUAUUCUGAAGGGCGAGGAUGGGGACUAUAUUAACGCAAAUUACAUCAAUAUGGUGAUUGCAGCGUCCAGUGCUGUAAACCGCUACAUCGCGUGCCAGGGCCCGCUGCCCGCCACCUGCUCUGACUUCUGGAGGAUGACUUGGGAACAGGGCUCCAACAUGGUGGUCAUGCUCACCACGCAGGUGGAGAGAGGACGGGUGAAGUGUCAUCAGUAUUGGCCCAACUCUGGUGCCAUCGCUACCCAUGGGGACUUCCAGGUCUCCUGUGUGACAGAAGAAGGGAAAUCAGCAUUUCUUGUCAGAGAGAUAACUCUCACACACCUGGAGAGUGAAGAGAGCAGGCCGCUGACUCAGAUCCAGUACAUGGCCUGGCCUGACCACGGUGUUCCAGACGACUACACUGACUUCCUGGACUUUGUCAGUCUCGUCCGCACAAAGAGGGAGGGCAAGGAGGAGCCGGUGAUAGUACACUGCAGCGCUGGGAUUGGUCGGACUGGGGUGCUCAUCACCAUGGAAACAGCCAUGUGUUUGAUUGAGUGCAAUCAGCCCGUGUAUCCGUUGGAUAUCGUGAGGACAAUGCGAGACCAGAGGGCCAUGAUGAUCCAGACCCCGAGCCAGUACAGGUUUGUCUGUGAGGCGAUCCUCAAGGUGUACGAGGAGGAGCUGGUCAAACCCCUGACGCCCACAAAGCUCCUGACACCCGUAGAGUCUCUGAUGCCUACAAAGCCCUUGACGACCUUAGAGCCCCUGACACCCACAAAGCCCCUGACACCCGUAGAGUCUCUGACGUCUACAAAGCCCUUGACGACCUUAGAGCCCCUGACACCCACAAAGCCCCUGACACCCGUAGAGUCUCUGACGUCUACAAAGCCCUUGACGACCUUAGAGCCCCUGACACCCACAAAGCCCCUGACACCCGUAGAGCCCCUGACACCCACAAAGCCCUUGACGACCUUAGAGCGCCUGACACCCACAAAGCCCCUGACACCCAUAGAGUCUCUGACGCCUACAAAGCUCUUGACAACCUUAGAGCCCCUGACACCCACAAAGCCCCUGACACCCACAAAGCCCUUGAUGACCUUAGAGCCCCUGACACCCACAAAGCCCCUGACACCCGUAGAGCCCCUGACACCCACAAAGCCCCUGACACCCGUAGAGCCCCUGACACCCACAAAGCCCCUGACACCCACAAAGCCAGAGGUAGAGACAGAGACAGAGUCGGCUUUAGACCUCCUGGGACUGACUGACUGACAUACGGCUGAAUGGGCCUAAGCACCACCCUCUUCUUCCACAGCCUGUCUGUCUGUCUCCCAUUGUCUCAGUCACAUUAGUUUCUUCCCACAUCUUGAGUCUGGCAAGAGGAACUAGUCACAACCAUGGAGACAACUACCGACAACCACUCAAACUGGCCUGGGAGGGGAAACAAAGCACUGUUGCACUUUAUGACGACAAAACGCGAUACUUUGGAGAAUUAACGAAAGAAGAAAAAAAAGAGCAGAAGUUACGAUGAUCAACUGGAAUUUGGGAUGUAAGCAAGUGUGCCGGAUCAAGAGAGAAGUGAGAAACAGAACAGUAGCUGGGUUGGAUUAUAUUGCUGUAGUGUCAUUACUUUCAGACAAACCUUCAUAAUGAACAGGACAACUCAAUGGAAAGUGGACUGACAUUUGUUUUCAGCCCGUCAGUGCGCCAUCACCAAGUAUCAUAUCAGUGGUUUCUUCACAGACUAGUCUUUGAUUACUCCAUAGACUUAAGAGUCCAUUUUCUUUUUUAAGUCAAAAACUAUUCGUCGUCAACUGAAGAUCCGUUCAGAAGUGGGUUGACCCUCUAUGUAAGGUCCUGGUAAAGCGCUCUGACUUCUACUCUAUGGUACUACUCAUCAUCUCGUUAUUCCCCUCAUUUGAGGCUAUAGGUUGUCUGAUUGUUUCGAUCAGAUGGGUACCUUUUUGAGCUUUUAUAUUUAUUAGUCUGCAGAUUGGAAUCAUCUCCCGUGCAAGUUAUUACAGCUCCAAGUCCUUUGUGAAGGUGUUCCAAACCAAGGUAAAGGCAGGGUAGGUUAGGUUAGGCGCAAUGGAUGCUGCUGAGGGAGGACGGCUCAUAAUAAUGGCUGGAGUGCAGUCACUGGCAUGGUAUCCACCACAUGGAAAACCACGUGUUUGAUACCAUUCCGUUGACUCUAUUCCAGUCGUUGUUAUGAGCCGUCCUCCACUCAGCAGCCUCCACUGGUUAGGAGAGGCAUCCCGCCUCCUUUACCAUCUCAUUAGCUGAUUACCUGUCAUUGAGCUCGGUACUACGUGGUGGUGUUGUUGCUGUUUUUUUUUUGUUGAGGCAGCUAUUCAACAUGGCUCAUCAUGUGAUGUUACAUCGGUCUCUCCAAGAUACUAUACGACUAGCCCAAAUCUGGGUAGUAUUUUUAUGCUGGUUUUGUUAUUGCUUGUAACAGAAUGAUCUUGCCAUGCUGGAUUGGGUUGGUACAGUACCUAGAUGGUUUAUCAAGUGUCAUUGCAUCAGAUUUUGAAAUUGAAUAUGAGGUAUUCAGAGCUCUCUGAAUAAGGGAUUUGGUACCAUGGGACUGUACAUCAGGAUUUUAGGCUGUUGGUGUACAGUACAUACAGACGGUACAUACAUUACAUAAAAAGACUGAGCUUUCAGGACCAAUAGGUUUUUAGCCUUGUGAGUAAAAAGAAAUGUUUUCAAAUUAACCAUGUGUUGAAAAGGCUCAAACUAUAGAUUUGCUUCUGAUAUUUUUUCAAAGAGACCCUUUUUGCUUCUUGGGAAUGGACAGCACUUUUCAACUGAACGUGUAGCAUAUUUGCUGCUAUGCAUGAUUAGACCCCCCCAAAAUUAUUUUGGAAUUGUAUAUAAUUGUAUCAAUUUUUGUUGGAUAUAGACACCACUAUAGGACAUGUAAGCUAUAUGGUGUCAUCUAGAUUUGUGUAAUGUAACUAGUGUAAAUGUACUAUGUUAUAAAUAAGGCUUAAUGAAAUUAAAAUAAUGUGAGACAAAGUUAUUUUUAUAAGAACAGAAAAGUUCAAAACUUUUCCACUGUAAAGUCCUUCUGGAUUUAGAAAGUAUUGUUAUGGGAAAGCAUUGCAAUAGAUGCAAUGCUGUGUAAAAGUCCUCUCCUUAAGUCCAGUGGGAGCGGAAAGAGUUGGGACGGCAACAUGAAGCUCUGUACAAUGACAAAUAGAUUAAUUAAUCACCAUUAAUACUGUUAUUUUUUUUUGACAAUUGAAACCCACAUAGUGAUUUUAUUCCCAUGAUUUCUGGUUGAAUGAAUGUGUGCUUUUGAAAUCAGAAAGCUGGCUUGGUUGGCUUGGUCAAACAUGUCACUGAUACUUCUGCAGUGGGUUUACGCAGUACCUUGCUGACAAUGUUUACAAUGGUUUGUGAGUUAGUUUUGUGAUUUAAAAAGGAUGUGUAUCUACUGAAAGUCUGUGUGUUUACAAAAGCUGUUGUGCGGUGGGGAACUUUGGCCCAAUCAGAUCGCUCACCCCCUGCGUCCCAAAUGGCACCCUAUUCCCUAUGUAGUGCACUACUUUUGACUGGGCUCUGGCUCAAAGUUGUGCACUAGAUAGGGAGCCAUUUGGGACUUAUACGGUGUCUAUCACUUCACCAUGAAAUAGACUGAGGCACUGGAAUGUUUAUUUUACCAGGUCGUCCCAUUCAAGGUCCAACACCUCUUUUUCAAGGGAAACCUGGAUCAUAUGUUUGGUUUUUAUUGCGCAAUGCUGUUCUACCUGAUCAUCGUCAUCAUCACUUAGUAAUAGUACAACAUUCUGCACAACUGUGAUGUAAAUAUAAGCUUCAUCUGUGAACUAGUGAAAUAUAUUUCAAGAUCAAUCAGGAUGAUGUACAAAUGUAAUGUUUGUGGUGAAGCUGUACAGAAAUUGAAUGUAUCCAUUUCAGUCUUUUAGUUGCUCGAAAACGUAAGGGAUGUACAAUUUGACUUUUGAGGGGAAAUAUUUUUCAUACUACUGUGCUUGUAAAUGCAGGUAAAUAUCAGAUUCUCAAUUGUGUCUCAAUGGGCUCUGCCUGGUCUGCGACAUGCUCUGUGUUUUUGUUGUAAAUAGGAGCCAUAUCAUGUCAGUGAAGUGCCAAUGUACUGUAAGUAAAGUCUCAUUUCUGCUGUA